GGGGGGGAGAGGUGGGUAUUGCAGGAGGUGGGGAAGGGGAGGGGGGUUUCCCGGAUAAAGCAAAGUCUUCCCGCAUCCCCGCCCCGUGGCCAGACUUGGGCAGGGAUGGACGGGCGGCGAGGCACGUCUCAGCGGGGGGCAGUGGCAGCCACCGCCUCCGUCCCCAUCUCUGCUCCUCCUGCCGCUUCUGCUCCUGCCACCGCCAACGAGGACGAAGAUGCUGCUGCCGCUACCUGGGGCUUGGGACUGUGAAACCUCCCGGCGGCUCAACUUGGGAAGAGAGUGAGCGCAGAGUCCCCCCCACUCCACGCCCCAGCGCUGAAAUUCCACCCCUCCAGGCAGAGUAGGGGGGCUUUGGAGCCAGACCCCCCCUCCCCACCCAACGCGCUCCCCUCUUCCCUUCCCCAUCCCCAAUCGGAUCCGUCCCGGCUCGGUGGAGGCCGGAGGAGAGACAAAUAGAGAGACACGGAGAAGAUGUGGGGUCGUCGGCUGUGAUCUGCCUCCGGAGCUGGAACAACAGCUACCCUGUCUUGGAAGUAACAUCUGCACCUAUAGACCAGGUUCUCCGUUGGCAGCAUUGCAUCUCUUGGGAGGAGGAGGAGGUGGGGGGUGUCACUUAGCGUGUUUACCGUAGAGCGCCCGGAGCCCGGCCGGCCUCCCCCUGCCUCCACGCCACCCUGACCCUCCCCCGGCCCACCCGGAAUCAUGGCAGCCGGGGUGGCCGCCUGGCUGCCCUUCGCCCGGGCGGCGGCCAUCGGUUGGAUGCCCGUGGCCUCGGGGCCCAUGCCGGCUCCCCCCAGGCAGGAGAGGAAGCGGACCCAAGACGCCCUGAUCGUCCUGAACGUGAGCGGUACCCAGUUCCAGACGUGGCAGGACACCCUGGAGCGCUAUCCCGACACCCUGCUGGGUAGCUCGGAGCGGGACUUCUUCUACCACCCCGAGUCGCAGCAGUACUUCUUCGACCGGGACCCGGACAUCUUCCGCCACAUCCUGAACUUCUACCGCACGGGGAAGCUCCACUACCCCCGGCAGGAGUGCAUCUCGGCCUACGACGAGGAACUGGCCUUCUUCGGCCUGAUCCCCGAGAUCAUCGGCGACUGCUGCUACGAGGAGUACAAGGACCGGCGACGGGAGAACGCCGAGCGCCUCCAGGACGACGCGGAGAACGAGAACACGGGGGAGAGCGCGCUGCCCUCCAUGACGGCCCGGCAGCGGGUGUGGCGGGCCUUCGAGAACCCUCACACCAGCACCAUGGCCCUGGUCUUCUACUACGUGACCGGCUUCUUCAUCGCCGUCUCGGUCAUCGCCAACGUGGUGGAGACCGUGCCUUGCGGUUCCAGCCCCGGGAGGGUCAAGGAGCUGCCGUGCGGGGAGCGCUACGCGGUGGCCUUCUUCUGUCUGGACACGGCCUGCGUCAUGAUCUUCACCGUCGAGUACCUGCUGCGCCUGGCCGCGGCCCCCAGCCGCUACCGCUUCGUGCGCAGCGUCAUGAGCAUCAUCGACGUGGUGGCCAUCCUGCCCUACUACAUCGGGCUGGUCAUGACCGACAACGAGGACGUCAGCGGGGCCUUCGUCACUUUGCGGGUCUUCCGGGUCUUCCGCAUCUUCAAGUUUUCCCGCCAUUCUCAGGGGCUGCGCAUUCUGGGCUACACUCUCAAGAGCUGUGCCUCGGAGCUGGGUUUUCUGCUCUUCUCCCUCACCAUGGCCAUCAUCAUCUUCGCCACGGUCAUGUUCUACGCGGAGAAGGGCUCCUCGGCCAGCAAGUUCACCAGCAUCCCCGCGGCCUUCUGGUAUACCAUCGUCACCAUGACGACGCUAGGGUAUGGGGACAUGGUACCCAAGACCAUAGCUGGGAAGAUUUUUGGGUCUAUCUGUUCUCUAAGUGGUGUCUUGGUCAUCGCUCUGCCCGUCCCAGUGAUUGUCUCAAACUUCAGCCGGAUCUACCACCAGAACCAACGUGCAGACAAGCGCAGAGCACAGAAGAAAGCCAGACUUGCAAGAAUCCGUGCAGCGAAGAGUGGAAGUGCGAAUGCAUACAUGCAGAGCAAACGAAAUGGUCUACUUAGCAACCAGCUGCAGCCUCCCGGUGAAGAAGAGCAGGCCUUUGUGAGCAAAUCUGGGUCUUGUUUUGAAACCCAGCACCACCACCUGCUUCACUGUCUGGAAAGAACGACGGGUUUAUCUUAUAUUGUGGAUCACCCCAUCUUAUCAAUAAGCUGUUCAACUCACAGUAAGAAUCACGAGUUUGUGGAUGAACAAGUCUACGAGGAGAGCUGCAUGGAAGUUUCUACUGUCCACCAUCCUUCAAACCAUAGCCCUUCGCUCACUUCUCAGCAAGGCGUCACCAGCUCCUGCUGCUCACGACGACAUAAAAAGACAUUCCGGAUCCCGAACGCUAAUGUCGCGGGGAGCCACCCCGGCAGCGUUCAAGAACUGAGCACCAUCCAGAUCCGGUGUGUGGAGAGGACACCUCUCUCUAACAGCCGAUCCAGUUUAAAUGCCAAGGUGGAGGAGUGUGUCAAACUAAACUGUGAGCAGCCUUAUGUGACCACAGCAAUAAUCAGCAUCCCAACACCACCGGUCACUACCCCUGAAGGGGACGACAGGCCAGACUCUCCAGAGUACUCAGGAGGGAACAUAGUCAGAGUAUCGGCUUUGUAAAACAAUUCAAACCCGGACCUCAUUGCCAGCUGGGACCGAGCUCUGGCCGGGCUCAAGAGAGGAAGAGAGAAGAAACAAGAGAUCCUUUGCAAACGGAAUGGUGUGGAAUCCAUGAUACGGAAUGUGUUGAAGACCCCCAGAUUUCAUCAUGGCGACAUGGAGUGGUGGUAGAGAAAUAAAGCAUUGGGUUUCCAAACUAAAGGAGGUGGAAAAAAAAAUGAAAAAAACCCACAAAACAAUCGUAUGACUUUUCUAUCUUUCCGAUUUGACCUGUUAUACAGCGGAAUAUCCUGGGACCCUCUGACUUUAUCAAUGAGCACAAUGAACUGUCUCCCAUUGAUGCUUCUUUGCGACAAGAACUUUUUUUUAAUAAAAUAAAAGUUUUAAAAACCUAUGGGACGUUAUGUUCCGGUUGGAUGCAAAACAAAAUGGAAAACAUUUUGAUAACGUUUUUUCCUGUUAAUUAACCAUGAACGUGACGACGACGAAGAAAAUUACGUGUUUAAAAAAAACGACAGCUCACAUAACAUGUUUGUAAUGACUGAAAGAAAAAUUCCACCUCGUUGCAUGCUGAAAUUCUUGGGAGUUGUGGUCUGAGUUUACUUAUGUUGUUUUCCGAUUAGGCAUGAUGAAAUAUAACUGUAGAUAGCUGUACAAAUAAAUUCCCUUUAGAAAUGCA